AUGUUGUUCGUGCGCGAGUCCCUCGGCAGCGAGACGAUACCGAGGGCGGAGCACGCGCUGUCGCUGGCGAAGGGUCAGGCAAAGCCCGGGCCUUCCCGCGCUGGACGGCCGACCGCCUGUGGCUACGACAUCAUCAUCGACGACGGCAGCCACGUGCCGAAGCACAUGCUGCUCACGUUCCGCCACCUGUGGCCGUACGUGCGCCCCGGCGGGAUGUACGUAAUCGAAGACAUCGGCUUCUCGUAUGUCGACGCGCCCUCGAAGAUCUACGGGUACCAGCUCGGCGACGGCGGGAUCGGGCAGCCGCCGCCGGGCAAUCUCGUCGAGAAGUUCAAGCAGUGCAUCAUCAGCGCCAAGGGGGCGAUGGCAGGCUUUGGCAGCACAGAGCUGCUUUCCGAGCUGCCACUUGCAAGCCCCAAACGGCACCGUGGCGAUCACCCUUCCUUUGCACGGCGGCAAUCGCCGCGCCGGUCUCCGCGCGUGCCGCCGGCGGUCGGCACCGCGGCCCUCGAAGAGGGCCUUGAUGCGCUGGAGCCGCUCCCGGCAGCAACAAUGGCACCGGUGCAGCUCAUGGCGCCGCCGCAGCGGCGGACGUCGCAGGCGCGGGCGACUCGGAUCAACGUCCGCGAGCAGCGCAAGCAGAGCGUGGAAGAUGCGGCUGCAAUCACCGAAGAGGGCACAUACUUGUCCCUCUCGCAAGCGAGGCUCGAGGGGAGGCUGGCCGCUGAGGCCGCCGCCGCCGCCGCCGAGGCGCACCGGUUCGUGACGGUCAACUCGUCCGACGGCUCGAGUCAGUCCGUCGGGGACUCGCGAUCGAGCCACUCGAGCCAGGGCGACGAGGCCUAGGCGGGAGAACGGCCCCCGGGUAGGUGGCUGCAUCCCGGUGCCCGCGCCCCGGCCGACAGGGCUCAUCGCUCAGGCGGCGCGCUUCGCGAGACCGUCUGUGCGGGGCGGCGGCACGUGUCACUAUUGGGCAUUGUUCGCGCCAGUUCCACAAUCCGAUCGCGCGGAUUCUCACGAGGAUUCUCAUUCCGUAUUUCGAAAACAAAAAUUCGU